AUCCGCAGCCAGCUUGUGGAGCAGUUCAAAUGCCUGGAGCAGCAGUCGGAGUCGCGGCUGCAGCUGCUGCAGGACCUGCAGGAAUUCUUCCGCCGCAAAGCCGAGAUCGAGCUGGAGUACUCGCGGAGCCUGGAGAAGCUGGCCGAGCGCUUCUCCUCCAAGAUCCGCAGCUCGAGGGAGCACCAGUUCAAGAAAGACCAGCACCUGCUUUCCCCCGUGAACUGUUGGUACCUGGUCCUGACGCAGACGCGGCGGGAGAGCAGGGAUCACGCCACGCUCAACGACAUCUUCAUGAACAAUGUCAUCGUGCGGCUCUCACAGAUCAGUGAGGAUGUCAUCAGGCUCUUUAAAAAGAGCAAGGAGAUCGGGCUGCAGAUGCACGAGGAGCUCCUGAAGGUCACCAACGAGCUGUACACGGUGAUGAAGACCUACCAUAUGUACCACGCGGAGAGCAUCAGUGCCGAGAGCAAGCUCAAGGAGGCGGAGAAGCAGGAGGAGAAGCAGUUCAACAAGGCGGGGGACAUGAGCGUGAACCUGCUGCGGCACGAGGACAGGCCUCAGCGGCGCAGCUCCAUCAAGAAGAUCGAGAAGAUGAAGGAGAAGAGACAGGCCAAGUACUCGGAAAACAAGCUGAAGUGUACCAAGGCCAGGAACGACUACCUGCUCAACCUGGCAGCCACCAACGCCGCUGUCAGCAAGUACUACAUCCACGACGUCUCCGACCUCAUCGAUUGCUGCGAUCUGGGCUUCCACGCCAGCCUCGCKCGGACCUUCAGGACGUACCUGUCUGCUGAGUACAACCUGGAGACGUCGCGCCACGAGGGCCUGGACAUCAUCGAGAACGCUGUGGACAACCUGGACGCGCGCAGCGACAAGCACACCGUCAUGGACAUGUGCAACCAGGUCUUCUGCCCCCCUCUGAAGUUUGAGUUCCAGCCGCACAUGGGGGACGAGGUGUGCCAAGUGAGUGCCCAGCAGCCCGUGCAGACCGAACUGCUGAUGCGGUACCACCAGCUGCAGUCGCGACUCGCCACGCUCAAGAUAGAGAACGAGGAGGUACGGAAAACCCUGGACGCGACCAUGCAGACGCUGCAGGACAUGCUGACAGUGGAAGAUUUUGAUGUUUCAGAUGCCUUCCAGCACAGUCGCUCCACUGAGUCGGUCAAAUCUGCUGCUUCGGAGACCUACAUGAGUAAAAUCAACAUUGCCAAGAGGAGAGCCAACCAACAGGAAACUGAAAUGUUCUACUUCACAAAAUUUAAGGAGUAUCUGAACGGCAGCAACCUUAUCACCAAGCUGCAGGCCAAGCAUGACUUACUGAAGCAGACCCUGGGAGAAGGUGAAAGAGCUGAAUGCGGAACAACCAGGCCCCCAUGUCUUCCCCCUAAGCCACAGAAAAUGCGGAGACCUAGGCCUCUCUCAGUCUAUAAUCAUAAACUCUUUAACGGCAAUAUGGAAACGUUCAUUAAGGACUCGGGACAGGCCAUCCCGCUUGUGGUGGAGAGCUGCAUUCGCUACAUCAAUCUGUACGGCCUUCAGCAGCAGGGUAUCUUUAGAGUUCCGGGCUCCCAGGUGGAAGUCAAUGACAUCAAGAACUCGUUUGAGAGAGGUGAAGAUCCCCUUGCUGAUGAUCAAAACGAACGUGACAUUAACUCAGUGGCUGGAGUCUUGAAGCUGUAUUUCCGAGGACUGGAAAACCCGCUCUUUCCCAAGGAAAGGUUUCAAGAUUUGAUAUCUACUAUAAAAAUCGAGAGCCCCACGGAGAGAGUGCACCAGAUCCAGCAAAUCAUCGUCACGCUGCCCCGCGCCGUCAUCGUGGUCAUGAGAUAUCUCUUUGCGUUCCUGAAUCACUUGUCGCAGUACAGCGAUGAGAACAUGAUGGAUCCYUACAACCUGGCCAUCUGCUUCGGCCCCACGCUGAUGCACAUCCCCGACGGGCAGGACCCCGUGUCCUGCCAAGCCCACGUCAAUGAGGUCAUCAAGACCAUCAUCGUCCAUCACGAGGGCAUCUUCCCCAGCCACAGGGAGCUGGAAGGACCCGUCUAUGAGAAGUGCAUGACGGGCGGCGAGGAGUACUGCGACAGCCCGCACAGUGAGCCGGGCACCAUUGACGAGGUGGACCAUGACAAUGGCACGGAGCCGCACACCAGCGAUGACGAAGUGGAGCAGAUCGAGGCCAUAGCCAAGUUUGACUAUGCGGGACGCUCCCCACGAGAGCUCUCCUUCAAGAAAGGGGCCUCGCUGCUCCUCUACCACCGCGCCUCGGAGGACUGGUGGGAGGGCAGACACAACGGCGUGGACGGCCUCAUACCGCACCAGUACAUUGUGGUGCAGGACAUGGACGACGCAUUCUCCGACAGCUUGAGUCAGAAGGCGGACAGCGAGGCGAGCAGCGGGCCGCUGCUGGACGACAAAGCCUCCUCCAAGAACGACAUCCAGUCCCCGACGGAUCACAUCCCAGACUACGGAUUUGGGGGUGUGAUGGGCCGAGUGAGAUUGAGGUCUGACGGUGCAGCUAUCCCCCGGCGCCGGAGCGGGGGGGACACGCACAGCCCGCCCCGGGGGCUGGCCCCGGCCAUGGACACUCCUCCGCGAGCGGCYGCCUGUCCUAGCAGCCCCCACAAAAUGCCACUUAACAGAGGCAGGAUUGAGAGCCCCGAAAAGCGCAGGAUGGCGACAUUCGGCAGUGCAGGCAGCAUCAAUUACCCAGACAGGAAGGCCUUGUCUGAUGGCCACCCGCUGAGAUCGACCUGUGGAUCGACUAGACACAGUAGUCUUGGAGAUCAGAAAUCCCUAGAAGCAGAAGCGCUUGCUGAGGACAUCGAGAAAACCAUGAGCACGGCGCUGAACGAGCUGCGCGAGCUGGAGCGGCAGAACACGGCCAAGCAGGCGCCCGACGUGGUGCUGGACACGCUGGAGCCCAUGAAGAACCCGCCGGCGGGCUCGGUGAGCUCGGAGCCGGCCAGCCCGCUGCACACCAUCCUCAUCCGCGACCCYGACGCCGCCAUGCGCCGCAGCAGCAGCUCCACCGCCGAGAUGCUGACGACGUUCAAGCCGGCGCUGUCGGCGCGGCUGGCCGGGGCGCAGCUGCGCCCGCCACCCAUGCGCGCGGCGCGCCCGGCCAUGCAGCACCGCUCCAGCAGCAGCUCCAGCUCCGGAGUGGGCAGCCCCGCUGUCACCCCCACCGAGAAGCUCUUCCCUGGCGGUGCCGACAAGUCGGGCACCAUGUAGGCGCCGCGGCGCCCUCCUGUACAUAUCUCUAGGUAGCCACGUGCCCCGGGAACGCGCCGGGGCGGCCGCGGGCGCAGGGAGGCGGCCGCUCUGCGUCUUGUCACUGGAGAACACGCGUUACAUGUAGGAGUCUAUAAAACAUAGUGUACAGAGUUCAGUAACUUUUUUUUUUCCAAGUAGAUUUACCUCAGAAACUGGCUCUGAAACAUCCUCUCUAGCGAAGUCUGGGUCUGGUGCUUGUGUUUCCCAGGGUCCCGUGUGUGUGUGGAGGUGCAAGGAGCAGCUGUGCGGGACAGGCCUGGGCCUGGCGCUCUGGUCCGCACCGCGACCGUGGAGGUGCCGAGGGCAGGGAGGGCGCGCGGGCCCCGCUCCAGGUGCCGCUGCCGCCUGCUUCCAGAGCGAGCCCUGCGUGUGUGUGGCCCGGGCGGGCGGACGGGUAAAUACCCCCUCCCAUCCCUCCCUUCCCACGCGGGGCAGUCCGGUGCCCGCCGCCACUCGUGGCUCCUGUGCCAGGGCUGCCGAAGCCCUGGGUCCCUUUGAGCUGMAGUGUCCCCUGCCCCGCUCCUCAGCUCGCCCGGCACCACAGGACCUGGGAGGGGCUUCCGCACGCAGCAGGGCGGGAGGGUCUCGGGUCGGGUCGUGUCUUCUUGCAUGAAAAGCAUGAGCCAUAUUUGACCAUAUCAGAUGCAUACCCGUUCUGAUGGGGCGAUACUUUGCACUUUCUGUACUGUACUAUAUACUGCAGCAGUUUGAGUUUAUGCAAACGAAAAAAMCUUUUGUUUUUCCUCUGAAAAUUUCACCCCAAGAUGGAAACGCGCAGGCGGAGCAGGGCGCCRCGCAGAGCAUGGGGGAGUGGGCCCCGC